CCCACUCUCCGGCUCCCUCUUUUGUGCGGCUACAGAGCGCCUUUGGCCGUGGUACCAGUACGCUCUGCUCUGUUCGCGUCCUCGAUCACCAUCGCACAACCCCACGGUGAUCGGCUUUCCCCACGAAUCACAUUGCGAUCGCAAUCGAAGCUUCUCGCUCACCGAGCCUCGUCGCUCCCAGCAGACUCUCGCGCGAGCACCCACAACCCGGCGCCAUGUGUCUUGUCAAAGUCAAACAGGAAGAGGACUAUGUAGUCCCGUACCGCGUCGUGCAGCGCCACCGCUCUCCGUCUCGUCGCCGUGUAUCGCGCCAUUCGCGCGACAUUGAGCGCCGCUACUCGCGCGCAGAGGUAGUGCACGAAUCCCCACGGCCCUCAGCAUCCUACGUGGCGGUGCCGUCGCCAAAACCUCUCCAGAUUCCGGCACCGCAGCCAGCGCCUGUGUUUGUGCAGCCUCCUCCGCCUCCGCCUGCGCCCAUGCCUGCUCCUCCCCCGCCGCCAAGCCAUGUCUCGUCUCACCAUACCUCGUACCACGGCGGCGGCGGCGGCGCGCACUACGUCGAGGUCUCUCCGCACUCUAGCAUCAGCUCCCGCUCGUCUAGUCUCGGCCGCAGUGAAUAUGUCUACAGGGAGCACGAGGUCCGGCGCGAGCGCCAACGCGCCUACAGCCCCGACAGCCCUCGCUACGAGCACUACCGAUACGUCGAGCCGGCGUCGAGCGAGAGCGACCACUUUGAGCGCUACCAGAGGAGAGACCGCAGCAGGCCGCGCAGCCGCAGUCGGUCUGGCUACGACGACGCACGCGGAGGAGGCUACAGAGAGACCAACACAAGGGUGUCGGUCAGGGACACGGACGGGGGCCGGAGGGCCAACUACGGCCGGUGAUCACCGGUACCUUGGCAGGGCCUUUGGAAAGAAAGCUAUCAUGUUUGUAUAUGACGUCGGGUACUGAGCGCGUCUCUCUAUGCUUUUGUAGCCGCGGUUUGCGGCGUCUUUGCGGAUUCUUUACGUGUAUAGCCUCUGUAACGUGUAAUGACAUGCGCGAGUUGGUUGCAACGCUGAGUGGCUGUGAGGUCAUGGCUUGGGCGGUUCCUGGACGACAGCUGUAGACGCGCGACCGUCGUCACGCCGCCACACUUAUGUCAGAGUCGAGUAUCUGGCCCAAAUAUGCUCUUGUGGUAGAUGCACUUCCGAGUGCCGGUGCAAGCGGUGUUUAGGGAAGCCUUGGGCACCAGCGGAGCGGUUUCGCAUCCAGCGGCGCAACCAACAUUCA